AUGCGUCCUACUGUCUUAUCGUUGACUGAGCACGUGUCUCUCACAUCCAAACCACCCACAGCUUUAUUCGUCACAGUCCUCCGAGCAACCACACAUUUCCAUUGGGCGCGCACGAUCUUUCACGAUAAUAACCAAGACAUCGAAUACCUCAAGUCUCCUACCAUUAAUGCAGACCUGCCCAAUCCUAGCUUCUUGCAUCCCGAUGCAAAGCCCGACAGUGGCAUCUUUGUAUUAGAUACAUCCGACUUAUUUGCUGCACUGGAAGGCGAAGGAGGUCACACCAGACGUUUGCUAGAGGAUAACCUAUCAGAGAAGUCGUUAAGGUCUCGAUCGAAACUCCACGGACUGCAACUUGUGGAUCAGGCCUGA